CCGCUUGCAUGCCAAAUAACGUCAGGAAGCACACCAUUGAGCUCUGCUAUUGGUCGACUACAUCCAGUGCUUCCGACAGCUACCCCACCAGCUGUACACGCACAAAGACAACUUGCGCCCACCGUCGUGCCCCUCGAUCCAUUCAAGCUUUCAGAGAUACAAGAAUAUACUGACCAGCAAACCCGCAAGAUGUCCUGCGAAAACUGCAAAACCGGCUUCAAGUGGAACGGCACGACCACUGGCAAGGAGACCACGCUCAACAGCUCAAAGGCCUACGUUGUUGGCGAUUCGAAGGAUGCUGCUGUCCUAAUCGUGACCGACGUCUUUGGUUGGACCCUCCCAAACAUCCGCCUGAUUGCCGACAGUUUCGCGAAGGAGUCGCAGGCAACCGUCUACGUCCCUGACCUGUUCGAAGGCGAAGUCGUCGCUCCUGAUGCACUUUCCAACCCAGGGUCAUUCGACCUCCCGGCCUUCCUCGGCCGUCACAGCAAGGAGAACCGUUGGGCGCAGAUCAAGGAGUACGCCCAAACCCUGAAGAAGCAGCACAAGAAGGUCGUUGCGAUCGGCUACUGCUACGGAGCAUGGGCAUGCUUCAAGCUCGGAGCCGACCCCCAGCUCAUCGACGCAUUCUCCGUGGCACACCCUUCCCUGAUCGAGAAGGCCGAAAUCGAUGCGGUCAAGGUCCCUAUUCAGAUUAUCGCGCCCGAGCAUGACUUUGCAUUCACCGAGGAACUCAAGAAGUACACGCUCGAGAAGCUGCCGCAGCUGAAUGUACCCUGGGAGUACGUCCACUUUCCCGGUAUGCAGCACGGCUUUGCGGCGCGUGGUGACCCCUCCGUUGAGGCACAGAAGAAUGCGCUGGAGAAGGCGAGGAGGGACGCUGUUUCCUUCUUCAACGAGUACCUGCACUAGGACCUCAGCCCGUAAGAGCUAGAUAUUAAUUCUACGA